AUGACGGACAAGCUUCCACCAAACCUCCUCGCGCUCUUCGCGCCUCGUCCUCCCCUGCGUUAUAUCCCACCUUCGGACCGCGCCCCAGAUGACAUCAAACCAAGCAAUAUCGGUGGAGUGGCCCAGUUCCUCGAUGAGCUACGUAAAUAUGAUGAAGAAGUCCCUUACAAUGCCACUGAGAGCUGGCUUCAGCGCAAGGCGAGGCUGAAAGAGGAGAAAAAAUUAAAUAUAGAAAGACAUCUUACUGAGGGUCUUAAGGAAUAUAACCCUAAUAAUGACCCCCAAGUCCGGGGCGAUGCCUUUAAGACGCUAUUCGUGUCACGUCUUAGCUACGAUGUUACAGAAGCUGAUCUGGAACGGGAGUUUGGCCGUUUUGGACCUAUUGAACGGAUUCGCAUUGUUGUAGAUACUCACAAUCCAAAGAAUAACGCUAAAAAGCCACAUAGAGGCUAUGCUUUUAUCGUUUAUGAGCGUGAGCAAGACAUGAAGGCGGCCUACAAAGUGACAGACGGUAUCCGUAUCAAAGACCGUCGCGUGUUGGUCGAUGUUGAGCGAGGUCGUACAGUGAAAGGUUGGAAACCUCGUCGGUUUGGCGGCGGUCUCGGUGGGAGAGGAUAUACGAAAUCCAUGCCAGCGCGUCCGAUGGGGCCUGGGGGUUUUGCUCCGUCCGGACCCGGUGGAUUCCGCGGUGGUGGCUUUGGUGGGAGAGGUGGAUUCCGUGGUGGGUUCCGUGGUGGUGACCGUGGAUUCGGUGAACGAGGUGGUAUUGGAUACCAAGGCGGCCCCGGCGGUCGCAGCGGAUUUGGCGCCUCUAAUGGAGUGGGUGGUCAGCCACCACCGAAUGCGCCUUCAGGCCCAGGCGGGGGACGUAGUGGAGGUUAUGGAGGCGGUGCGAAUGGGCACGAUAGUAUGGGUGGGUAUGGUGAUGCUAGACGAGGCAACGCCUUCGAUGAUAGAGCAGGACAUCGCGGAGGUAGCAGGCAUGAACGGGAGUCUCGUGGAAUAACGGGAAGCAAUCGUGAGCCGGUAAGACCUCGUGAUGGAUUUGGGGACCGUGACCGUGACCGUGAUCGGGAAAGGGGACCGGGACAGGGACCGUGGUGGAGAUCGUGGUAG